AUGGAAUCCUUUUUCUUACCUUCUGAAGAGCCAAGCACCGAGACGUCUCUGUUGGUUCCUGGAAGACAGGGUAAUCUUCAUAGAUUUACAGACAGUGGUGUCGGUCAGUUGGCGAGUUUUGUUACAGACAGAGUCAGCUCGACGUUUGAGAAACGCUGGAACUAUAGCCCAUUUGAAUUUAAAAAUGAAACGCUCAAUCAGCUCACAGUUCCUUAUACCCUUGCUGAGACGGCGGCCAUUGCGACAAUUUGUGCAAUUAUGUCCCUGACAACCAUCAUUGGCAACAUUCUUGUUGUUGUCGCCUUCAAAGUAGAGAAACAGCUUCAAACAGUUAGUAACUAUUUCCUCCUAAGCCUGGCAGUAGCUGAUUUGGCGAUCGGAGUGGUGUCCAUGCCAUUUUUCACCCUCUACCUACUAUACGGCUACAAAUGGCCGCUAGGUGCUACACUCUGUGAUUGCUGGCUUGCUAUUGAUUAUACUAUGAGCAAUGCGUCUGUGGCGAAUUUGCUGAUUAUCAGCUUCGAUCGAUAUUUCUCUGUCACACGCCCUUUAACAUAUAGGGCGAGACGAACCCCCAGGAGAGCAGCAAUUAUGAUAGGCUGUGCAUGGACGAUAUCAAUUCUUUUGUGGACCCCAUGGAUAUUCUCCUGGCCUUACAUAGAAGGUCAAAGAACGGUCCCGGCCAAUGAUUGUUAUAUACAGUUUCUGAAGACAAACUCCUAUGUGACUAUUGUAACGGCUCUUCUUGCAUUUUAUUUCCCUGUGAGUAUAAUGACGUUCCUUUAUUAUAAGAUAUGGAGAGCUACUGAGAAGAGAAAGAAACGGUUAGUUACUCUAACGGCGGAUCGACAACACAAUAACAGCAAGCGGUCGACUUGUUCAAGCGAUGACGAAAGUCUUGCGACGAGUAUGCAUCAGCGAUGGGCAAAUUCAUCUCCAGAGAUAAGCGAAAUUGAUUCUUUCACCGAACAUUUUAAUAAUCACCCCGAAAACUAUCAAAAGAAAUGGAUGAAAGUGCUCAAACGAUGCUGUUUAGUCGAUAAAGAGAUGGAUUACAAAGAAAAUUCCGAAAAAGUCGAUUCUAUGUUAUCGUCCGUAAUAACUAAGGACGUUCCCCAAAGCGACUCUUCUGCACCCACACGCCGAUUGGCUUUGUAUACCACUGCGUUGUCGAAUUCUUUAAAGACGAACUCACAGGCUAUUCACAGUGACAACGACAGCAAAUUUAACUCUUCUAUCGCUUUACGAAGAUCUCGAAAUACAGAACAGGGUGCUUGUAGGGCUCAUACAGUCGCUACAGAAUCGGAAUGUGUAAGCUUUUACAAUCAUCAUUUAGAUUCAAUAUAUGUAAAAAUUCCCAAUAAGGAGAAGUUAACGUUUCGGCUUGUCAAAGAAACCAAACUGGAAAACGCGGAACCAGUGAUUGAAAAUGAUGACUCAGAAGACGAUAGUAACCGAACGGAAAGCAGAAAAUCGAAUUCAGAAGCGACGUUUCGCGUUCAAAAUCAAAAAAAUCGAAAAACGGAGAAUGAAGUCUUCAAAGCAAAAGCGGCCGAUGAGAACGACAGUAACACCAGCACACCGGUGAUGAGUCGAAAGACGACCCCAACGCUCGAUUUGACCUCAAUUGCAAGGCAGACGAAACUUGCGCGUUGGGUGAUAGAGAGAAUGCGAACGCAGCAAGUGAAGAGGAAGAAACAGCAGGGUUAUCAAGAGAAAAAAGCUGCCAAAAUUCUCAGCGCCAUUUUACUCGCGUUUAUCAUCACGUGGACACCCUAUAACUUCUUCACUGUGUUCCAGGUUUUCUGCGAGGAUUGUGUUAAUGGGACUGUCUAUGCAAUUGGCUACUCGUUGUGUUAUUUGAACAGCACAAUCAAUCCUUUGUGCUACGCCCUGUGCAACGUGAACUUCCGAACGACUUUUCUUCGAAUACUUUUCUGUCGUACUAAACGUAAUGCUGGCUACCAGAAAACUAUCCUCCUGCAACGCCAUCGGCGUCUUCAUCUCUCAGGCUCUUAUUCGCCUUCUGGUUCCGCUAAGAAAAGAUGGACAGAUGAAAAAUGA